AUGCCACCUGUGGAUGGGGACCCAUCCGAAGACGGAGAAAACCAAUCUAAAUCGAGGGCCGACGGCAAGCUAGAGGGCCAGACGGACGCCGACCAUUCACCUCUUCGAAUAUCUGACCUCUCCCCUGGUCUAGCGUCUGCUACCACCCCACUGACUGCCGGGCCACCCCAAGGUCAAUGA